UUUAAAUAUCAUGUUGAAGGUCCCGUUUUCCAGGUCGCCUUUCAUCAUUCCGGGGUCCCAGUAACGUCAGUUACCGAGUUUCAAAAUGAAGGGCUUCGUAACUGUCGGCGCUGCUUUCCUAGCAGCGUCUUCCUGUAUUCUCCCAUGUGUCGCCCAAAGGACCACCUAUACCGACACAGCUACGGGUAUCAGCUUCGGAACAUGGACCGAAGGUGGAGGCGCCUUUACCUACGGCAUUGCGCUCCCUGGUGAUGCUCUUACUACGGAUGCGACAGAGUACAUUGGACUUCUGAGAUGCACAGCAGGCUGGUGCGGUAUCUCCCAUGGAGAGUCGGGGCAGAUGACCCAGUCCCUGCUUCUCAUGGCCUGGCCCUACCAAGAUCAGGUUCUGACUUCUUUUCGAUUCGCGACGGGCUACAACCUACCCGCAGGGUACACUGGCGAUGCCAAGUUGACGCAGAUCUCGUCCAAGAUCGACGGAUCGACCUUCGAGAUCAUCUACCGUUGCCAAAACUGCUUUUCUUGGAACCAAGAUGGCGCAACGGGAGAAGUAUCGACCACAGGAGGAAACCUCAUUAUGGGCUGGGCGUUAGCAGCAGCUGUCCCGAUCAAUCCAGGCUGCCCCAACUCAAUCAGCUUCAGACAGCAUGACAGCGCCGGACAGUACGGCGCUGCGCUUGAUGGUGUCAACAAUGCCUCGUACUCCACCUGGACGUCACUGGCUACGAAGACGCCGUCGGGCGAUUGCGGUGGAGCGACGACGACGACAACAACGAGCAGCCCUACGGUGACACCGACAAGUACGGUGCCCGCUCCAACUGUGACUUGCAUAUCUCCGUCCAAAGAUACCUACGAUUACAUUGUUGUGGGGGCUGGUGCUGGAGGUAUUCCAGUUGCCGACCGUCUAAGCGAAGCCGGCCACAGCGUGCUACUCAUCGAAAAGGGCCCGCCGUCCUCAGGCAGAUACGGAGGUACUAUGAAGCCCGAGUGGCUCGAAGGAACUAAUUUGACCAGAUUCGACGUGCCCGGUCUCUGCAACCAGAUCUGGGUUGACAGUGCUGGCAUUGCAUGUACUGAUACCGACCAAAUGGCCGGCUGUGUCCUGGGAGGCGGUACUGCAGUGAACGCCGGAUUGUGGUGGAAGCCAAAUCCAGUGGACUGGGAUGUUAACUUUCCCGUCGGAUGGCGUUCAACAGACGUUCUCGCGGCUACGAACAAGGCCUUCACCCGAAUCCCUGGGACCGACAACCCCUCUGCAGACGGUGUACUUUACCAGCGCGAAGGUUUUGAUAUCCUAUCCAGUGGCCUGGAGAAGGCCGGCUGGAAGAAUGUCAAGCCCAACGAACAGCCAAGUGAGAAGAACCACACCUACGGUCGCACAAACUACAUGUACUUCCAUGGCGAAAGAGAUGGUCCAAUGGCAACCUAUCUUGCGUCAUCAAUCAAGAGACCCAAGUUUGAGUUGUGGAUGAACACAGCUGUCAACCGAGUCAUAAGAAACGGAUCUCAUAUCACAGGUGUCGAGCUAGCUUGCAACGGGAACGACGGCUAUCUUGGCAAGGUUAGCGUCACCCCAGACACUGGCAGGGUCAUCUUGUCGGCUGGUACCUUUGGCUCGGCUAAGCUAUUGCUCAGAAGUGGUAUUGGCCCGGCUGAUCAAUUGGCUGUCGUGGCAAACUCGUCUGACGGUGCUACCAUGAUUCCACAAUCCGACUGGAUCAAUUUGCCUGUCGGUCACAACCUGAUCGACCACUUGAAUACCGACGUCUACGUGACCCAUCCCGACUUCGUCUUCUACGACUUCUAUGGGGCAUGGACAGACCCCAUCCCAUCAGACAAGGAAAAGUACCUGACUAAUCGAACGGGCAUUUUCACUCAAGCAGCUCCAAACAUUGGCCCAAUGUUCUGGGAUGAGAUCCCAUGUUCAGACGGUGUCACGCGCCAGCUACACUACACUUCCAGAGUAGAAGGUGAAGACAAGACGGGAACUAACAACACUAUGAUCAUGAGCCAGUAUCUUGGCAGAGGCUCAACAUCAAGAGGCCGAAUGGGCAUCACCGCACAACUGAACACAAUCGUAGCAGAACACCCAUACCUGCACACCCCUGGAGACAAAGAAGCUGUCCUUCGAUCGAUAGAUAACGUGCGCGCCGCCUUCACCGGGUUGUCGAAUCUCACAUUCGCUCUCCCAAUGCCCAACCAGACCACGUUGGCUUACGUGGACUCUUUGGUUAUCAGCCCUGCCGCGAGAAGAGCGAAUCACUGGAUGGGUACUGCCAAGCUUGGUCUCGACGAUGGCCGCAAAGAAAACGGCACGGCCGUAGUGGAUGUCGACACCAAGGUCUACGGAACCGACAACUUGUUCGUCGUAGAUGCCUCGAUCUUCCCAGGCAUGUCAACUGGCAACCCCGCGGCAAUGAUCGUCGCUGCUUCUGAGUAUGCCGCUCAGAGGAUCCUACAACUUCCUACUGGCGUGAAGGCGAGGGACGAAAUCGAAGCAUAUAAAAUCCGAGGGCGUUGAUUUGUCCCAGGUAGAUGACAGCGGAUGACAGUCGAGUUAUGUGGAUAUGAGAUAUUUAAAAAGAGAA